AUGAUACGAAUCUGUGCUCGAGCGACCAUUCGCUCGCCUGUAUACAGAAUCACAUCAUGUACAGUCUCACCAAUAAAUGCGACACGCCAAUUCAGCAGCUCGCAAUGUCGCAAAGAAGAUCCGCGCAUCUCCGACUUUGGUCGCGAGAUUGUAGAUGAGUUUGCCGUAAUGCGCGAGAAAUAUGUAGAUGCACCUAAACACACCAUAGUCCUUGCACACGGUUUGCUAGGCUUCGACGAACUACGGCUCGCAGGACAAUUCAUACCUGGCAUACAAUACUGGCGUGGCAUCACAGAUGCGCUGGCGCACAAGGGCAUCGAGGUCAUCGUGGCUGCGGUCCCAGCCAGUGGCAGUAUCGAGGCGCGCUCUGCGAAACUGGCCGAGAGCAUUGCGCUCAAAGCGAAGGGAAAGCAGGUCAACAUUAUCGCGGGUCUCGACUCACGAUACAUGAUCAGCCAGCUCCAGCCGACUGACUUCAAGAUUCUCUCUUUGACCACCAUAGCCACUCCACACAGGGGUUCUGCUUUUGCAGAUUACAUGUUCGAGACGAUCGGUCCACGCAGAAUCAAACGCGUCUACAGUGUUAUGGAGUACUUCGGUCUUGAAACUGGCGCCUUCUCCCAACUCACGCAAGAGUACAUGAACAAUAACUUCAAUCCCAAGACGCCAGACAUACCUGAUGUCAAGUAUUACUCAUAUGGCGCAUCUCUCGAACCCACUCGAUGGUCCGUCUUUGCGCCUUCCCACAGUAUCGUCAAAGCAAAGGAGGGCAUCAACGAUGGCCUGGUCAGCGUCGAGUCGAGUCGGUGGGGCGACUACAAAGGCACCUUAAUUGGUGUAAGCCAUCUCGACCUGAUCAACUGGACGAACCGCCUGAAGUGGUUCUUUUGGGAGCUUACGGGCAGCAAGCGCAACUUCAAUGCCAUUGCAUUCUAUCUUGACAUAUGCGAUAUGCUGGCCAAAGAAGACCUGUGA